AUGCCUUAUAGUUUCUGCUGUUGGGGAGGUUGCAAAGAGUGCUCAAGAUCAUUGAGGGAAACUGGCUAUUACACGGGUUCAGAAGGGCAGUUUUUGUGUGCUGAGGAUUUUCGAGCUUUAUCAGUGCCUUUGAAAGUGAAAGCUGAACAACAAAGUCUAAAACACGCUGAUGAAACUUCCUUGUCGCCAGCGUUCCCGAUUACCCCGCCAACGCAACCAUCACCUCUUGCCUCUCCUGCAGGAUGUGCGUCUUGUGGACAGCCAUUGCAGAGCAGUCAGGUAUUGCUGGCACUUGGAGAACAGUGGCAUGUUUGGUGCUUUAAAUGUUCUGAAUGUGCUACUGUACUUCAAGGAGAGUACAUGGCACAUAAUGGCAAACCAUUUUGUAUUCGAGAUUACAAUAUGAAAUAUGGUGUCCUGUGCUAUGAGUGUGAUAAGUACAUUGCUGGAAAAGUAUUGCAGGCUGGAGGUUACAAGUUUCAUCCGACUUGUGCUCGUUGCUCACGUUGUGGUGAACGCUUUGGUGAUGGGCAAGAAAUGUACAUGCAAGGCGAUGAAAUCUGGCAUCCAGGUUGCGAACAUACAAAAGUGACGGAAAACAUUGCA